CAAGAGCAGACAUGGCAAGGUUGCCCUGCUUGACGGGGCUGCUGGCCGUACUGGUGUCCUCUGUCGCUCCGCUGCUGCCUCCCGCUCCGGGCAGCCCCCUGUCAAACAGGGAGUACCAGCUCUUCUUUGCCAACCUGCAGCCCCCCUGGAAGGCAGACGCAGUCUGCCGGGUGCGCCAGGCACACGGCUGCCUCAACCCCGACAUCCUAUGGCUGGACCAGGAGGAGAACCACGGCCUUGUCCCUGAAGGGCCGGUCUGCUCUGACUUCCCGGAGGCGCCCUGGUUUCAGACCUUCUGCCGGUUCACCCAGUACCGCUGCUACAAGCGCCAGUUCUACGCCAAGCGAAUCCCGUGUCUGAGUUUGUCUCCUCCAGAAAACCUCCUCCUGACAGAGCAACCCCGCACUGUGGGCUCCUGGAAGAAGGAUGAAAGCUUCCCUAAGGAUGAAGCUCCAGGGCAGGCCUCUCUCUCUGCCCUGCUGAACGACAGCGUGGAUGCUUUCCUGAAGUACACCUCCGCACUCUCAAGCCAGGAACUGCUUCCAAAGAAGCUCCCCUCAGCCACGCCAGGGAUGCCAAGAGCCCAGCAGCACAGGGGGAUGUCUGUGUCCCCAGUCACCCUGCCGGUCACGGCUCAUCCUACCCCGUCACCUUCCAGCCUGGGAACCCCUGCCCAGGCAGAACAAUCCUGGGAGCAACGCCUGCAGAGCAGCGUCUGGCAGCUGAUCCGCGUGGCCCUCUCCUUGGACACGUCCUUGAGCACCAAGGGCUCUUCUCCAGGCAAUGGCACCAAGACAAAGCCAGGGAACACGUCCAGCAGCACAGAGGAGGGGGUGCAGAAAACGUCCCCCUAUGGCAGCCUUCUAGCCCUGAGGAACGAGGAGACAACGAUUAUCCUGUGCUACACAAUGCUGGAGGGAAACUGCCUCUCCUCGGUGGUCACCCAGGCCUGGAAGGAGAUAGAAGAAAGAGUCCUUGGGUUCGGAGAUUUGGUGUGUGACAGCCUGGGGAGGCAUCACAUGGACCUGUGCCCCAACUGCGCUUUCUGCUCGCUGAAGAGGGAGCAGUGCCAGCACAUCAAAAGCCUGAAACGUGUUCACUGCAAGACCGGCGGCUUCAAGACAUACAUCAACCCUCAGAUCUCAGCCCAGUACCAGGCUGCAGGCAACAAGACCAGCUCUCCAGAAACCUCAGAGUACUACGUCACGGAAAUUUUCAGGGGGCUGAGGAUGGAGUACUGGUGCAGCCAGUUAGCCAUCCGUGGCUGUGACGACCCUCGUGUGGCCCUCUGGCUGAAGGCAGAGUACACCGCCUUCCAAGAUGGAGAUGCUCCGAGCCAGAUCUGCGACACGGGUGGAGUUCAGCACCCCAGCUACUGUGCCUUCAAGAGCCAUCAAUGUUUGCAGCAGACCGUCUACAACCAGAAGGUGUCUCGCUGCGCCUGCCACAGAAAUGAGACGUACCGGGAGCUGAGUGAGAAGGAGGGAGAGGAGGAGGUACAGCUGUGGCACGAGAGGUUCCUCAGCUUCACCAGUGGCUGACGCAUGGUAGCGGGGGUAUACAGGGCUCUGGAGCAGGCUCUCUGGGGCUGCGGUGGGGCAGAGAGACUGGAUAGACUUGGACAGCUCUUCCAAGACCCCUUGCUGGCCAGCUAGCUCAUGAUGGCCACAUCUCCCCCUCUGAGCGACUGUGAUGCACCAUCAGCAGCGGGACACCAAGGAGGGCAGCUUCACUCAACAGCGUUUCACUGUGGCACCUGCUGGAACUCCCCCUGAAACAUUUUCUCCAGCCGAAGGAGCAGCUGAGCAUCACAUCAGAGAAGGAAUCAGCCCUGGGAACAUGGAUUUAGAACCACUGGCCAA